AGGCCAUGAUUCCUUCCCUGACUGCCUUGGCUCUCCGCCUUCUGGUCACUGUGGCUUUGGGCCAGACAUUCCAAUUUCAAGAACAUGUCUUUCUCCAAUUUCUGGGCUUAGACAAAGUGCCUUCACCCCAGAAGUUCCGACCUGUGCCUUCUAUUUUGAAGAAAAUUUUCUGGGAUCGAGAGGCAGCGGCAACCAGUGGGGACUCCCAAGAUUUAUGCUACAUAAAGGAUCUUGGUACCCGUGGGAACAUACUGAGACUUCUCCUGGAUCAAGGUCUCUUUCUUUACUCCGAGAAACUUGCUCAAGCCUCCUGCCUACAGAAGCAGCUCUACUUUAACCUGUCCGCCAUUCAAGAUAAGGAGCAGUUAACAAUGGCCCAGCUCGGCCUGGAUUUGGGGCCCAACACUCACUAUAAGCAGGGACCAGAACUGGAGUUGGCUCUGUCCCUGGUUCAGGAGCCUCACGUGUGGGGCCAGUCCACCCCCAAACCAGGUAAAAUACUUGUGUUACAGUCAGUACCAUGGCCUCAAGGUGUUGUGCAUUUCAACCUGCUGGACGUGGCUAAGGAUUGGAAUAACAACCCCCGGAAGAACUUAGGUUUGUUGCUAGAGAUACUGGUCAAAGGGACCAGAGACUGGGGGGUGAAUUUUCAGCUUCAGGACACCUGUGCCAGACUGAGACAGUCCCUCCAUGCUUCCCUGCUGGUGGUGAGUCUCAACCCUGAGCAAUGCCACCCUUCAUCCCGAAGAAGGAGGGAAGCCGUUCUGGCCCCUAAGGCUUCUUGCAGAAACCUCUGCCAUCAUCACCAGCUAUUCAUCAACUUCCAGGACUUAGGUUGGCACAAGUGGAUUAUUGCCCCCAAAGGGUUCAUGGCAAACUAUUGCCAUGGAGAUUGUCCUUUCUCAAUGACCACCUCCCUCAACAGUUCCAAUUAUGCUUUCAUGCAAGCACUGAUGCAUACAGUUGACCCAGAGAUCCCCCAGGCUGUCUGUAUCCCCACCAAGCUGUCCCCCAUUUCCAUGCUCUAUCAGGACAAUGAUGACAAUGUCAUUUUACGACAUUAUGAAGACAUGGUGGUUGACGAAUGUGGAUGUGCGUAGGCUGUUAGAAAUAG